CUUGCGUCUGACGUGCAGUGACGUAGGCAGCGGUGGUACUUCCUACCUGGAUUUCACAGCUGAACCGAAACCAAACGCCCAAUAUCAGAAUGCAUCUGUCCAGGGUUGGAAUUUAUAUGAAGAGGAGAAAGCGGGGCUGCUCCCAAGCCUGAACGCUUUUUGUCUUCCUCCAUCCGGCACCAGUGUUUCUGCCCCUUCAGAUCGGUGCCGACCCCCCCUCCCCACGCCAACAUGCUCUGUUGGGGGAAUGCAAAGGAUGGACAGUUGGGUGUGGGUGUGGAGAGGAACCCCAUGUUUGAACCCAGGAUCUGUCGCGUGUUCAGCGGUAGGGGACUGAGGGAGGUGGCGUGUGGAGGGACACACUCAAUGUUCCUGCUGCAUGAUGGAAGUGUGUACACUUGUGGUUCUAACAGCUGUGGACAGCUGGGCCACGACAAACCAGGGAGUUCACCAGAGCUGGUAGGGGCUCUGGAUACCCAGAAGAUCACGAUGGUGUCGUGUGGUCGGGCCCACUCCAUGGCGGUGAAUGAGCAGGGUCAAGUGUUUUCCUGGGGGGCUGGUGAAGGAGGCCAGCUGGGCCUGGGAACUUCAGAGACAGCUGUUCGAAUACCGAGGUUGGUCAAAAGGCUGUGUGACCACCGGAUCUCUCAAGUAAUGUGUGGGAAUCAGCACUGCAUCGCACUUUCUAGAGAUGGCCAGCUGUUCACGUGGGGCCAGAACACCAGCGGUCAGCUCGGUCUGGGGAAAGGAGAGUCCAGCAAGCUGUUCCCUCAUCCCCUCAAGUCUCUGGCAGGAAUUCCUUUGGCACAGAUAACCGCCGGGGGGGACCACAGCUUCGCUCUCUCACUGUCUGGAGCUGUUUUUGGAUGGGGCAAAAACAAAGCUGGACAACUAGGUCUCAAUGAUAAACAAGAUCGUGCCGUCCCAUGCCACAUCAAGUUCUUGAGAUCUCAAAAAGUUGUUCACAUCAGCUGUGGGGAUGAACACACUGCAGCCCUGACAAAGGAUGGGGGUUUGUUUACAUUUGGUGAUGGCGCCUGGGGUCAGCUGGGUCAUGGCUCCACCAAUAAUGAACUUUUACCCAGAAGAGUGUUGGAGCUCAUGGGCACUGAGGUUUCCCAGAUCACCUGCGGCAGGUACCACACGUUGGCGUUUGUGCCCUCCACUGGUGUGGUGUAUGCGUUUGGUUGUAAUAGCCAUGGUCAGCUGGGCACAGGAAUACUGGGAGAUGCCAGAAGUCCGUUUCCUGUCAAGGCCAGUUUCUUGACUGAAAAUGCCAAUAGAACAGAAUCAAAGCGUUACACAGUGACCAAAAUCAUCUGUGGCGGAGACCAUAGCUUCUUAUUGUACGCCGCUGAGCAGAGUUUUGUCCCCUCAGAAGACUUCAGAGUGAUAAAUAUCAAUAGAAGCCUCUCCCCAAUCACGCAUGAGAGAUUAGAUUCAUGGAGGUUAAAGCUUAUGUAUGGCCCAGAUUCUAGCGUAACAAACGACAUCAUAAUCCAACUCUCGUCUACAGCGUGUUGGAAUGCCAGCUUCUUGGACCAAAGUGAUGAUGCGCAUUUCAAAACCAACCCAAAGAUCCCGGGCAUCGAUCUCAACUCUGUCAGAAUACUGUUCGAGAGGUUAAGCAGACCAGCUUUCUCUGGACUCCUGGAGCAGGCCAGCAAGAGUUUUGAGAGUCUGUUGAUCCCUCAGCUGCCCCGCUCCCCUCCGGACGUUGAGGCCAUGAGGAUUUACCUCAUCUUGUCUGAGUACCCGGCCCUGCUGGACUCCAAGAACUACAUCAGCCUCACUAUUCCCCUGGCGAUGGCCAUCCUCCGGCUAGACGCUAACCCCAGCAAAGUAUUGGAUAACUGGUGGUGUUUUGUGGAUGGCAGCGUGUUUACCAGGAUGGUCGACAUGUACAAGAGCAUCGUUGUGUUUAUGCUAACUGGAGGAAAGACGCUGCUUGUACCCGUUUUCUACGAGAACUAUUUUGUUGCCACGCUAAGGUUGCUGGAGAAGCUCCACAAGGUAAACUUAAAGGCCCACCACGUGGAGUACAACCACUUUUAUAUCCCUGACAUCACCAGCCUGGUGGACAUCCAGGAAGACUACCUCAAAUGGUUUCUGAGUAAAGCUGACAUUAAAGUUGGAUCAUCCCCAUCACAGAGUGACUUUCCCUCAGUGAACCUAUGUGCCUACCCGUUCAUACUGAACGCUCAAGCCAAGACAACCAUGCUGCAAACAGAUGCUGAACUGCAAAUGCAGAUGGCAGUCAGCGGUGCAAACCUGCAUAAUGUCUUUAUGCUGCUCACGCUGGAACCCCACCUUGCUAGGAACCCUUACCUAGUACUCCAUGUGCGCAGGAACCAUUUAGUCAGUGACACACUACGCGAGCUCACCAUGUACUCUGACGUAGAUCUCAAGAAACCGCUCAAGGUGAUCUUUGAUGGCGAAGAGGCCGUAGACGCUGGUGGAGUAACUAAGGAGUUCUUCCUGCUGCUGUUGAAGGAGCUGAUGGAUCCAGUUUAUGGGAUGUUCACUCAUUACAAAGACUCAAACCUGCUCUGGUUCUCAGACAAAUGCUUUGUAGAGCAGAACUGGUUUCAUCUGAUCGGGAUCAUCUGUGGUCUGGCCAUCUACAACUCCACAGUGGUGGACCUCCACUUCCCCCUGGCUCUCUACAAGAAGCUGCUCGAUGUGUUGACAACGCUGGAGGACUUAAUGGAGCUCUCACCCACUGAGGCCAGGAGUCUACAACAACUUCUAGACUAUGAAGGGAACGACAUGGAGGAGAUGUUUCUUCUCAACUUUGCUAUCACCAGGGAGAACUAUGGGAUGACAGAAGUCAAGGAGCUCAUUCCUGGAGGAGAGAGCAUCAGUGUGGACAAAAACAACAGGAAAGAGUUUGUGGAGGCCUACCUGCGCUAUGUGUUCUCAGACUCUGUGAGCGAGCAGUACUCGGCCUUUUCUUCAGGCUUCCUGAAGGUGUGUGGGGGAGAAAUCUUGUCACUGUUCCAGCCGUCUGAGUUGAUGGCCAUGGUGGUCGGCAACAACAACUAUAACUGGGAGGAGAUGGAGAAGAAUGCUGUUUACAAAGGGGAAUUCACAGCCACUCAUCCAACAAUCAGAUUGUUCUGGGAGGUUUUCCAUGAGUUCGCUCUGGAGAAGAAGAAGCAGUUCUUAUUGUUCCUGACUGGCAGUGACCGUAUUCCCAUCCAUGGCAUGGAGAGCCUGCGUAUUGUCAUCCAGUCCACCACAGCGGAGGAGCACUACCUGCCAGUGGCCCACACCUGCUACAACCUGCUCGACAUGCCCCGCUAUCAGACCAAAGACAUCCUGCGCCGCCGCCUCACCCAGGCUGUGGAGCAGUAUGAGGGCUUCAGCCUGGUCUGAGGACGGGAGACCUGUAGCAGUUUAAUGCACUUUAACAGCAAUACACCACCAUGUCAGUGUCAAAAGAGCGUAAGGGGGAGGUCGCUCUCUUUAUAUGCUCUUACAGGAUUGUUAAGCAUCUUAAAUCUGAAAGGUCUAUCUAUGUAAAUGCAGAGUAUCAUUGUUGUCAUUGUAUUGGGCUAAGUUUCCAAACUUCUUAAGAGCAUUUGGAAAAUAUUUUAAAGGCUUCUGUAUGAAUAUUUGUUUUAUAUUAUUCUCUGUUUAAAGGAAAAAUAACUAUCUGGGAUCAUUUAAACAUGGGGACCUAAAUCAAAAGCCAGAGAAGGUUGAAAAAAGUCUCAUUUGGGUGUUUGCUUCCUUAAUUUUUUGUCUUUUCUGUUUUUUUAUAUUUAGCUCCUUAAAUUCUAUUUUUCACUGUUAAAGAAAUAUGUUGUUACCUUGAAACAAUAUAUCAGUUUUUUGUUACUUUUAAUUUAUUAAAUAGAGUGGUUAUAUUUUGACAAAAUAUACAGUGUGUAUAUAUAUGUAUGUAAAUAGCACUUUGAAUAUAAUCUUGGGGAGUGUUUGUCCUGCUGAUCCUUUUAAAUCUGGACACCAGCAUGUCCUCUGCCUGAACUAAAAGACAAUGGAGGAGAACCAGGUAGAGGUGUGCAGGAUUAAAUGUGGGUAAUAUUAUUCGCAUCUCUCUUUCCUUUUUGGCUGUGGUAACAAUACAACAGCUGACUUUGUCUUGAACCUGCAUUCAACAGUGUUGCCUUCUUCAGCAAAACCUACAUGAAGAGUUGACUUUCUAAGUCUUAGUGGUUGUGUUCUGUGUGCAUGUUUUUGAGUGAGAGCAUAGAGAUGUGACUCAUUUUAAAGUCUAACAUACAGAGACAUGGAGUACAGAUAAUUAGCUUUCUGGUGGUCUGCUGGCUAGGUAAAAAGUCUGGCCCAGUUUUAAUUGUGGUGGACAUACAGUUCACAAAAUAUUGUAGGUUACCAAAUGAAGUACAACAUCACCUUCAAACUCAGUGAUGCCAGAGCCAAGUGCGGCCUGGUACCUGAACCUGGAAAUGGGUCCUAAUGUCAUUUUCACAAUUCGUUUUUCGACAUUAAAUGAAAAGAUAUAAAUGUUGUUGACAGCCGAGCUGCUAGUCAGGGCAAGACCAGCUGUUUCCAGUUCUUAGUUUGGCUAAGCUAACUGCUAGCUAUAGCUUCACAUGUAGCUAGCUAACAGGAAGCUAAUAACCGCGCUCCAAGUUGUCAUUUAAAACUAUCAUUCAUUUGAAUAAUUAUAACUAUUGUAACUAGAUUAUUCUAAAGUUGCAGAUAUUUAAAUUUUGAAAUUUUUGGCAGGAUGACAUUGUAAGUGCAUAUUACACAUUAUGGGCUGUAAACUGUAUCUGUCAUAUCACUUGUUUCAAAACUUAUAAAAUCAAGUAAUACUGCAUUUAUUCCUACAGUGAAACCCUCUAAUCCAGAAAAAUGUUUAAUUAGGUCGUGCAUCUGUGUGAACUGUGUGAAAUUGUCUGGCAUUUAUCUAUAUUUUUAUAUAUUUCAUACAUGACAGUUAUGUUAGACAGUUAACGUGUCCUGGUUAGCAGGUCACACACUGACACCCAUUUAGCAAUAACAACCUGAAAUAGCCCAGUAUUGUAUUGAUGAUAACUCUAGGCUGUUCUUCUAAAUGUCUUAAACACUGGACUCCUCUGAGAGGUUUCUUACGAUGGUUUAUCCUCUUGCUUAGCUCGAUACUGCAUGUACACACACAUUCUACAUGUUCAGUCAAUAUUGGUCUGAUUAAACAGAUUUUUUUUCCCCUGCAGAGUUUAGUCCUAUGCAAAGAUUUGUGCAGCCCUUGACUUUUGCACCUUUCGAUGUGCUACAGAAAAUGUGAUUUGCAUAUUUGUCUGAAAUCUACACAUAUCUCUCUGUUCUAGGCAACUUUUUAAUUAAAACAAAACUAUGUAAAAGGA